UAUGUGCCCUGUGAGAGAGAACUUCACACCUGCACACCUGUCUGAGGUCAGCAUCUCAUCUGAACACACUUUGAAGCAGUAUCCACAUCUACAGAUAACAUCACCAUGUUCCGCUGCGUGACAUCUGAUCUGGCAGUGCUGCUGCUGCCUAUGCUUCUGCUGCUGUUGCUGAUGCCUAGCUGGAGUUUUCCAGCCCUGACCCCUGGCUGCCACCUUUACCCAUUCAACGUGACCAUACGUACAGACAAGCGAGGGACCUGCCGAGGAACUCAGCUGGUGUACGCGUGCGUGGGCUACUGUGAGUCCAGCGCGUUCCCCUCGCGCUACUCUGUGCUGCUGGCGUCAAACUUCACGCGCAACAUAACGUCUGCUUCCCGCUGCUGCACCAUUAGCAAGGAUGCCAAGAUCAAAGUUCGUCUGCACUGUCCUCGAGGCCGACAUCAUGAUGAUAUCGAGAUCUUGACUGCGCGUGCCUGUCGUUGCAACAUGUGCCACAAAUCCCGUUACUGAGAUCCCACGUGAAGAACGUGACACUCAUGCAGUACUGGACAAGACUAAACUAUGCAGUUGGUUUUUUGCUUGUUUUUAUUUUACUUGUGAAUUUACAUACAGAUAUUCUACCAUUGAAAAAUUUGGGGUCAGUAAAGAUUUAAUACUUGUAUUCAGCAAGGAUGAAUUAAACUGAUCAAAAGUGACAGUAAAAUAUUUUGCAUUUAUAAAAAAUAAAAAUAAAAAAACUAUUUCAAAUGAAUGUUCUUAUUUUGAACUUUCUAUUUAUCAAAUAAAAAAAGUUUAACAAUUUCCGCAAAAAUAUCAGGCAGCACAACUGUUUUCAAAAUUGAUAAUACAAAGUAUUUCUUGAGCACCAAAUGAGCAUAUUAGAAUGAUUUCUGAAGGAUCAUGUG